GUUUUUGCAGAUGUCCACAGGGACAAAGAAUUUUAUUUUGGAGACUUGUCCUCUGGUCUGAUGAAACUGAAGUGGAGCUGCUCGGCCAUACUGACCAUCGUUAUAUUUACAAUUACGCCUUAAGCAUGGGAACAUCAUCCCACUCUGAAAUACGGGGGAAGGCAGCAUCACACGAUCGGGAUGUUUUUGCUGCGGGAGGAACUGCACUUCAUCAAAUAGAUGCCAUCAUGAGAAAACAGCAUUAUAUGGAAAUACUGAUGCAUAAUUGGAAGACACCAAACAGGAAGCUAAAGUUCAGGCACAGACUGUUCCAUUAAAAAAGUUCUACCUCAACUGCAGGCCUGAUGUAGUCCUGGUUCCUGCAGUGGAAACUCAGGGACAAACUAUUGUAGAAAUUGUCCUGGUUCCUCUGAAAAGUUUACCGCAAUUGAAACGCACCUUUCACGUCUCAGAAUGGUCCAAUCAAAAUCCAGUCCUCAAGCCAACGGAGAAUCUGUGGAAGGUCUCUCCAUCCAAUCUGACUGAGCUAAUUUACAAAAAAAAGGGAGGUUGUAUCUUGUUUAUUAUGAAAUAAAGUAUUAGAAUAAUAGUUUAACUCCUUGUAAAGCUCUUCCUUGAUGGUCCUUUAAACCUUCAGGUGAUCCAGCCACCAGGCAUCUUAGCUCCACCGUCUGGCUUUUCACUGGAAUCACUGGAGGAAUUCUGACUGCUGAUUGGUGGACAAACUUUCUCCUCCUUUUCUGUAAUCCAUACUAUGGAGCAGUGUGUUCAGACCUGCUGUAUACACACACUUCUCUCUCUCUCUCUUCGGCUACAAAUAUUACACCUUGGACACUUCCCACCUAAAUUUCGUUUGAUCUGCUCUGAUUUGGUCCUGAUCAAGCUGCAAGUAUGACGAUCAGAACAGCGCGUCCCAACCGGGGGGAACGUUUCCGUUCUCGCACGCACUGCAUCAAGAAGCUAGACGCCAUUGUGGUGGAGAUGCAGGACCCGAAAAACGGAGUGAAAGGUUCAGAGCAGAAGCUCAACGUCACCACCAUUCCUCACGCCAUCACUGGUGCUAACAUAAUUGCUUGGAUCAGCAACAAGAUGAAGACUACAACCGAAGAAGCGCAGGUCUUUGGCACCAUGUUGGUGGCCUAUGGCUACAUCUACCCCCUGCAGAACCACAGGAAGCUGGUGAUGUGCAACGACAGCAGCGUCUACCGCUUCCAGACCCCGUACUUCUGGCCAACACAGCAGUGGGUUCCAGAGGACUCUGAUUACGCCAUUUACCUGGCAAAGAGGAACAUCCGUAAGAAAGGCAUGCUGGAACCCUAUGAGCAGGUUGACUACAACCACCUGCAUGAGUGGCUGAACCACAAGUGGGACUUUAUUGUAAUGCAAGCCACUGAGCAGUACAAGGCUGGUAGAGACAGGAACAAGGCAGACCGAGUGGUCUUUGACUGCCAGGAGAGGGCCUUUUGGAUCGUGAACAGGCCUCCGCGCCGGACCCACAGUGCUUUGGAUGUUGGCCCAGAACGACUUAUUAAUCCCAACGUAGAAGAGAAAAUCUCCUUUGACCAAUACAGACGGGUCAACAUUUUCUACCAGCAAGCCAUCAUGAGAUCCAAGGUCAAAUCCAGCGUUUCCCUCGGAGCGUUGGUCAAAUACAUCACCUCCUACAAAAACCACGAUGCCUUCCUGGCUCCUUGUCUACCCAGCAACCCAUGGGAAACGGACCACGACGCGUACUGGACUCUUAACAUGAGAAGAGUGGACGUUCCCACUAAAAUGCGAGUGGAGCGCUGGUCCUUCAGCUUGUUUGAGCUCCUGACGGACCUGAGAGGCCGAGACGAUUUCAAGAUCUUCCUGAAGAAGGAGUUCAGCGGGGAGAACCUGGCCUUCUGGGAAGCAGCUGAGGAACUGAAGUGGGGCACGGCCUCCUCCAUGUCAGACAAGGCCGAGUCCAUCUUCAAGACCUUCCUGGCACCGGGCGCCCCCCGUUGGAUCAACAUUGACGGCAGGACGAUGGGCCUGACGGUGAAGGGCCUGGAGCAUCCGCACCGCUACGUCCUGGAGGCGGCGCAGACACACGUCUUCAUGCUCAUGAAAAAGGACACAUUCUUCCGUUACCUCAAGUCACCAACGUACAAGGAGAUCCAGAAGAAGGCGCUGAGCCCUGAAGCCCAUAACUUCAGUCCGGCGCAGCUGGAGGAGAACGCUCGGAACCGGAGCGCCGGGAUCCAUCCCAUCGUCCUGUGGCAGCAGGAGGAGGAGGAGAAGGCCAAGGCCGCCGCGGCCGCCGCUCCAGUCGAUGUCAAGGCGGUGAUGAGCAAAAUAGACAGGAAGAAGUAGAAACGGUAGACACAUGUCUGAUCUUGUGAAUGCAAGUUUCAUUUUAUAUUAAAGGGACUCUCUUGGAUAUCAGAAACAUUUAGUCACAAAUGUGACAAAAUGUUUGUCGGGAUGAAAUAAUUGCUUUUGAAUCAGAAAAAGACAUUUCAAGUCAUAGAUAUAAAACUCUGCUCACUGUUUCAUGCUGUAGAUUAGUUAUUAUUGUUAUUGACUGUGAUUUUGACAUGAAGUGAUGGAAUCAGUUCACGACGGUUAGUGAAUUUAGUAAAUCACAGAAAUCAUCAACUCUAUUGACACAUUGCUGCUGCUAUAUGUUCAUAACAUUUAUUCUGUAGACACAAGUGUCCACAUCACUGGACUGUGUAGCCAAUAUGUAGAACAGCAUGUUAGUGGAUUUACAUGAAAACUGUCUGUCCCGUUAAUUACAAGCUUGUACAGUAUAUCAACCUGGAGCAUGCUGUAAAUGUAAUAAACUGCAGAGGUAGAAGAGCUGUCUGAAAGUGUUUUAUAGGAACGUCUAACAGCGUUUGAGGUUUUUCUCUCUGUAAUGACUGGAAUCAAAGACGCUCUGUUCUCACGCCUUCUGCUGAGGUUUUUCCCAGGUUCCUGGUUGUUUCACUCAGCUUUCCGCGCUGACCUGCUGCAACUCUGUGCUCGGUUUUCACAGCUUUCCCAGUUUGGCUUUCUCUAACCUGCUCUUGGGGUCAGAUUUAAAUAACGUUCGAAUUCAAUAAACAGCAUUCUGAACUGAAA